CAAUUAUCACCCUGGAUUCCUUAACAAAAAUACACAACUUGACUUGUUAAAGAAGUUGCAACCUCCAUUUUUAGGUAGGGCCCACUUUGGUCAGUGAUAACUGUCAAUCUUUGUCUUAACUCCCAAAUAAACAUCCCCUCAUCUCCAUUUGCUCAACAAUCAAGAACACUCCUAUAAGAUUCCCUUUCAAUUUUUACAGUAAACAUUGGAGUAUUUACUUAAUUACUACUUCUUUUAAUGCUUUUGGGUUUAACUAGUCCAAACAACUUGACCAUUUCUUAGAAUUUGAUAAUAUAAUCAUUAGAAAUCAUAAACUAUUGCAUCAAACUUAAACCCCAUUAACCAAAAUCUUACCUUUUGGAAGAUUAACAAGGUUUAAUCAAAUGGGUACAUCCCAAAAUCAAGGAAGGAUUGAAGGGUUUUUGUUUGUGAUUAGUUCAAAUCGUUUUGGUUUGCAAUACUCUCGCAAGCGGUUUUUUGUUCUUGAGGAUCACCAUUUCAAAUGCUUCAAAUCUAUACCUAAUUCCCAAAAUGAGUAUCCUCUUAAAAGUACUAUCGUAGAUUCCUGCAUUCGGGUUGCUGAUAAUGGCAGAGAGAGUAUUAACAGGAAAGUAUUCUUCAUUUGUACAUUGUAUAACGUUUCUGAUCACAAUGAUAAGCUAAAGUUGGGCGCAAGCAGUCCUGAUGAAGCAGCCAGAUGGAUCCACUCGUUCCAGGAAGCAAUAUCAAAGGCAUGUCCCAGUGGCAGCAUUGGUGGUUUGGGUUGUUAUAAUAAUGCAUGGCAGUCUUUCAGAUUGAGUAGUUCUAAGAGGGUACAUCAUUCCAGUUCAAGAGAUUGGACUACAGGGUGUUCAAAUCAAAGGGAUCAUAUGACAAAUGACGUUGUUGCGCCUCCAUCAUGGACAAUAUUUGGUUGUCAGAAUGGAUUACGACUCUUCAAAGAAGCCAAAGGCGGGAAUAUUCACAGAAAGCUAUGGGAUGAUCAUCCAGCAAUUAUGGCCAUUGGUGUUGUUGAUGGAACAUCAGAGAACAUAUUUCGAGCCGUCAUGUCCCUUGGUCCCUCAAGAUCACAAUGGGACUACUCUUACUAUAAAGGGAAUGUUAUUGAAAACCUCGAUGGCCAUACUGAUAUCAUUCACAUGCAGCUAAGUGCAUAUUGGCUACCGAGGGGAAUUAAACCAAGAGAUCUCUUAUUGAGGCGUUACUGGAGAAGGGACGAUGAUGGAACAUACGUGAUCCUUUUUCAUUCGGUAUUUCACAAGAAAUGCCCCCCACAGAAACGCUUUGUUCGUGCAUGCCUUAAAAGUGGAGGAUAUGUAAUAACUCCUCUCAACAACGGGAAGCAGUCUGUUGUGAAGCAUAUGCUUGCCAUUGACUGGAAAAUGUGGGCUGCUUACUUACUGCCCUCUCUAGCAAGAUCUACAACGAUUUGUAUGCUUGGAAGAAUUUCCGCUUUAAGGGAAUUUUUCAAAACAAAGGUGGGUGAUCGCGUCUCGAGUACUUUUUCCGGAGGUUUGACUUUUUGCCAUGGAGCACAGAAUGAGGAUAAGACUGAAACUCUUGCUCAUGAGAGUGAAGACGAAAAACUUGAUGAGAAAGAGAUGAACGAAACAACUGAACACAGUAGCCUAGUUGAACUCAGUGAUGUCAAUGAUGAAUUCUUUGAUGUUCCGGAAGGAUCAGAUUUCGAUACGCAAAAUCACGAUUGGGCUUCUGAUUCUGAUCCAGAGACACAUUCUCAGGACGCACGACCAAAGCUAUCCACUACUGCUGUAUUUGUGAAAAAGUUGCAUGAGUUAACAGUACAUAAGAAGGGCUAUGUCGAUUUGGUAGAGAUGACUACAAAAGAUGGAGCUUCUUGCUGCUACGGUACUACACUUGUAAGAGAUCCCACAUGUACCAUUGCUUCUAGUUGGACAACGACAGAUCCUUCAACGUUUUUGAUUCGUGGAAAGACUUUUUUAAGGGACAAUCAAAAGAUCAAGGCAAAUCGUACGCUGAUGAAAAUGGUUGCUGUUGACUGGCUAACAUCUGAUAGACGAGCAGAUGAUCUUGGGGGUCGUCCUGGGGGCGUUGUGCAGAAUUUUGCAGCAAAUGGAGGAUCUGAAUUCUUUUUUAUAGUGAAUAUACAGGUUCCUGGAUCAAAAACGUACAAUCUUGUACUGUACUAUAUGAUAAAUAAACUGGAAGAUGCACCUCUGCUACAGAGUUUUGUUGACCGUGAUGAUGCUUACCGUAACUCAAGGUUCAAACUUAUUCCAUACAUAUCUAAGGGUCCAUGGAUAGUCAAACAGAGUGUCGGGAAAAAAGCAUGCCUAGUCGGGCAAGCUCUUGAAAUUAAUUAUUUUAAAGGGAGUAAUUAUAUAGAGCUCGGGAUUGAUAUUGGCUCAUCGACAGUGGCACGGGGAGUAGUCAGUCUUGUUCUUGGCUACCUUAGCAACUUGGUUAUCGAAAUGGCAUUCUUGAUUCAGGCAAAUACAGAUGAAGAACUCCCUGAACAACUUCUUGGAACCUGCCGCCUCAAUCAUCUAGAUGCUUCCAAAGCGAUUCCAUUGACGUCAUAGAAACAUCUUUCUUUUACUCCUUUUGUCCCCUUGAAUCUGUUUGAUUACGCUGAUCGGUGUAAAACAAUUUAGAAUGUAGUGUAGCAAAUUCAAGAGGACAGAAGAAGUGCAAUUCUUUUUGAAGGGAAUUAUUAUCUCGGGGUCGAAUCGUCAAGUAGAGAGACCACAAGUAACAUACAUCCAUUAUUAUACAAUGUACAAAAUGUAAGUUGUACGGAUAUGGUCUGUCCGCUAUCUCUCCUUCAUAGACGCUGACUUCGUGUACAAAAUGUAAUGUACAAGAAGUGCAUAUUACAUAAUAGCAUGAUUUUCAGUUUAUAUUGGAGUCUUCUGUCUUCAAUUCUUUGUUUCCUCAUGAGGGGUUGGGAGAGGAUAAGGGUGAUGACUAUUUAGUGCAUUGUUAUGUACUUUUGAAACACUCGGUAUAUUGCGUGAAAUAUGGUCUUGGUAGUUAUUAGCUGUUUAUAUAGUUUUAGUUGUACUUAACUUUUUAACAUUUGUUAUAUAAUUAUAGUUGUUAAAUAUUUAACUUUUUAAUUAGUUAUGUAAAUUAUGAAUAUAUGAUAAAAAUAGUCAUCUUAGCUAUUGAAAUAAAAAAAAUAUCGAGAAA